CCAUAUCACUUGAAUCUUCUACAUGUUGGUCGAUCGAGCUCAUUUAAAUCAACCGCACAUCACACUUACCGUAACCAUCACUGUUUUCUGUAUUCGUUUGGAAUUAAGUGCAAUAAGAAGCAAAAGAGUAUCAGCUGCUGCAAGUGCUAAAUAGAAUAUUCGUUUUUUUUCCAUUGUAACAAAAUGUGUAAAUUCAAUCAAUUCUUGGCACUGUUUGUUUGCUGUGCACAAUUGGUUCAAAUUGGUGUGACCUCUCCGUUGGGUACGUUAUUGUUCGACGAUUAUACGGAUGAGCAAGCGGACUCUGAUUAUGAUUUGCAUUAUGAUGAAAGACAAAACGGAACCGAAAAUUACCGUCUGAACAUUGAUGGUGUUGUGAUUGCUUUACCGGGACCUUCUAGCAAUGCUAUGAGUAGCGUCGGUUUAUUGGCUUCAAAUUAUUUAUUGGAAUUGGCUGCAGGUAAUGGAGGCGCCAAUGAUGAAGGUCUUGAUGAGGUAGAAAACGAUUAUCAUCCGUACGAUUUUGAGGUGCCAGCUAGUGGUCAAGAAGAUGAGGAUAACAAUGAAAAUACCGAACCGGUGAUCAAUAUUCCGGCUGAUAACAUAAUUAAGACGCCGACGACGACCACUAAAAAUGAAACUGUUGUGCUCGAUUUGAAACCGGAAGAUAAUGUUGAUGCAGUAAACGAUAAACUAUCAGCGACAAACAAGAAAGACUUGAAAGUUGAAGUUAUUAACUAUGAAGACUAUUUGAAAUUAACAUCUGCUGCACCUGUGGUGGAAGAAACAAAAACCGUUCAGCCAUCGGCGACACCAGGAACCAGACAAGCAUCGCACAAGGCUCCAAUGAAGCGAAAGAAUAAAGUAAAAUCACGCAUCGCAACACUACUGGAAUACCUGAAGAGAAGUCGGGAAUGAGCAGGCAGCAUUUUGAUAUUAAAUUAUUAAACAAGUUUUUCAAUUAAAAAUACAUCAAAAAUUCAA